AACUCCGUGUCCCAUCGAGGGGUUUAUUUUCAGGGUUUAUUCUGUAGUGAGUAAUUCCGUGGUAUCCAAUCAACAAAUUUGUCGCUCUUCACACAUUGUUUGGUUUGACUCUCUUGAGGUAUGAAGGUCAUACAACACGCACCAAGACUGUCGGUACGGUCGGUGCAGAUAGAGCGUCGACUCUCGAUUAUCUCGCAGUCAUCGUGCUCGUUGUAGUUUGACAGAUUUGAUGUACAAGUUGUGAUAUAAAAUUUAAGCUAAUUUAUUAUUAGUCUGCAUUUAGUGUAUUUGGGGUUUAAACUGUGCUGGUAUGCUACCUCAAAUGAUAGACCGUUCGGUUGUUCGUCUGUGCUCAUUGGCAAGUAAUGGAUUAUGUUCAACUUAUCAAGUGAUACCGCCUGCUUUUAGAUCAUAUUCGCAAAAUGCGAAACGGAAAUACGACAUUGUGGUUCUGGGCGGCGGGAUCGUAGGAACAGCAUCGGCCAGGGAGAUUUUACUUCGGCACCCUUCCUUAAAGGUAGCCGUGGUGGAAAAAGAGUCUAAGCUAGCCUUCCACCAGAGUGGUCAUAAUAGUGGUGUAAUUCACGCUGGAAUCUACUACAAACCGGGUUCACUAAAAGCAAAACUAUGCGUCCAAGGUCUUCAUCUAAGCUAUAAAUAUUUCGACGAGAAAAAUAUUCCUUACAAAAAAGUAGGCAAAUUGAUUGUCGCUACGAAUGACAUAGAGGUGGAACGAUUGCAAGACCUCUACAAGCGAUCGCUCGCAAAUAAUGUCCCUGACGUGAAGGUUGUAGAUGCGAAAGGAAUCAGAGAGAUCGAACCUUAUUGCGAAGGCGUGAAAGCAAUAUGGUCGCCACAUACAGGAAUAGUUGACUGGGGCUUGGUGACACAGUACUAUGCUAAAGAUUUCAAGAAUGCCGGUGGAGAUAUACAUUUGAAUUUCGAAGUGUCCAAAUUCGAAGAAUCCAGUGAUCCAGAAUAUCCGACGUUACUGAGAAGUAAAACAAACGACACUGUCCAGUCAAGAUACAUUCUGACAUGUGGAGGUUUGCAUUCAGACAAGGUAGCUGAGCUGACGGGAUGUCCUCCACUUCCGAAAAUAGUACCUUUCCGAGGAGAAUAUUUGCUACUGAAUCCAGACAAAUGCCACAUGGUGAAAGGGAACAUCUACCCGGUGCCAGAUCCUCGGUUUCCCUUCCUUGGGGUCCAUUUUACUCCACGUAUGGAUGGAAGUGUGUGGCUCGGCCCAAACGCUGUUUUGGCAUUCAAGAGAGAAGGAUACGGUUGGUCGGAUUUCAACCUAUUUGAAUUUUUGGAUGCAUUAAAGUUCCCAGGUUUUAUUAAGAUGGGAUGGAAAUUUAUGGGAGCGGGUAUACAAGAAGUAGCCAAAUCGGCUCUAAUUCCACUUCAGGUUAGAGAACUGCAAAAAUACAUCCCCGGUAUUCAAGAUAGCGAUGUCCAACGAGGACCGGCAGGAGUUCGGGCACAAGCUCUUGAUAACGACGGAAAUCUAAUAGACGAUUUUGUUUUCGAUCACGGCGAAGGAAACAGCGUUUUGUCCAAAAACAUUCUUCACUGCAGAAAUGCUCCGUCCCCCGGAGCGACUAGUUCUCUAGCAAUUGCCAAAAUGAUCGCAGACAAAAUUGAGAGUGAAUUCAAUAUCAAAUAAAUUGACGAGUCACUCUCAGACGAGUGUUCUAAAA